UUUCAUUAUUGCAUUAUUGCUGUUGUGUUCUCCAAAACGCUGAAUAAAUAAAUUCAGUCUAUUUUUAUAUUAAAUAAAUAUGUAAAUGUUUUUUAAAGAUUUUCAUAUAGUUGUUUAAUUUUUAUAAAAUUCAACGUGACAGAAUGUCUGACAUGUAGAUAAAUUUCUUUUACAGUAUUUAUUGAAGGUCAGAUUUUCAUUAGUUAUCGAAUUUUUGUGGAUUCUUAGAAAUCCGUUUCGAAAUAAACAUAUGGGUAAUAUCUUAUAUUAAAAUUGCGUUAACAGUUAAGAAAAAAAUUAAAUGGGACAUUAAAUACCCAGAAUGAAAAGUAUUACUUGAUAAAAGUAUCAUAAAUGGUUCAUAUGUCAAAAUGUUAUUUAUUAAUUUAACGUGCGUGGAAUAAAACAGGUACUUGGUAGUACCUAGUAGUUAGAUAAUAAAACUAAUUUUGGUACAAAUAAUUUGAGGUUAGGUUAUAACAAAAAAUGACAGUUGAUCUAUCGACAGUACCACUUGUUGCUUUGUCCAUCGAAAGUAGAUAUGCUAUUUCGUCAUUAUUAAAUCCUCCAAAAAUUUUACCUUCUGAAAAUGGAUUACCUAGGGAUUGGCGUGGUCUUGCACAUUUUUGCAAAUUAGGUGGAGAAAUAAUGCCAUUAUUAACAUCACAUCCAGAUCCAACUACUUAUAUUUUAGCAACUUGGCAAAAGAAAGAGAAAGAUGCUACAAUUAAAGAUUUGCAAAUUGCAUUGGAAGAAAUCGAAAGAUGGGAUAUCUUAGAUGAUACAUCAAAAUUUUUUGAGGGAGAUGGUGAAAAAUAUAUAGAACAAUUACAAAAGUCCCAGACAUCAGCUGAAAUAAUUUCAAAUGGGAUUGAUGAAAAAGUUCUUACUGUAGGCAAACUAAGACAAGGUUUGGAAAAUCAGUAUUAUGAUGCCUUUUUAUUGUAUGCUGAUGAAGAUGUUAAUUGGGCCACUGAAAUGUUGAACAAGUUGGAAAAUAAAUAUAACUUGAAGCUUUGUGUAAAAGACCGUGACUUAAUUGCUGGAGUCACAUUUGAACAUGAAGCUAUAAUGACUCUAAUAUCAGAACGUUGUAACAGACUAAUUGUUAUAAUAUCAUCCAAUUUUCUGAAAAGUCCUGCAAAUAAAUUUUUUUUGAAUUAUGCUCAAGCAUUGGGUAUCGACAAACAACAAAGGAAGAUCAUACCAUGUUUGUACGAAAUAUGUAAAUUGCCACCACAGCUAAAAUACAUGUUUGUAUUGGAUCAUAAUAGAAUUGGUUUGUAUGAUUUCUGGGAAAAAUUAAAAGACUCUGUACAAGUUGUAAAUAAAAUAAAAGAAAAUACUAAUGCUGUUCUUGUAAAAGAUAUGAAUAAUGAAAGCGAAGCAGAUAAAAAAAGUAUAAAACAUGUAGAGUCUUUAGAAGUACAAACGCUUGAAUUACAAAAUAGUAAAGAAACACUUAAUAUAAAGAAUCCAAACCCUCCUGAAUUUAAUAAUAUGUACAAAGAUAACAAAAAAUACAAUCAAUUUUUACAAUGGACAAAAAAAAAACUGUCCAAAAAAGGAGAAAAUAAUAAAAAAGAAGAUGUAGCAGUCACAGAGACAAUUGAUUUGCCAUCUAUUGAAGAUCUAGAUCUAUUGAGCACAUCUACAGAAUCAAUAGAAAAAAAGAGUAAAAUAAAAUUUAUAGAUAAAUAUGUAAAAAAGGCGCAUUUGAGAAAAAUACUUGUUAAGUCAUAAAAAAAUAUUAAUUGUUAAUAUUUUUGUUUAAUAUGUAAAAAAUAAAAUACAAUCACAUUAUAUUUUAAUAAAUGAAUUUAAUAAAAUAUAUAUAUUUGUUAAGUGUGA